UUCUGCGCUGUGCAGCGUAUUCGGGCGCUACGAGGAGGAGAGUGGGAGUUUCGGAACUCCCACUUACGUUUUUUGCUAUACAUGUGCUAUAGAGCCCGUCUGGUCGCAGUUAAAUAAUACCAUUCCACAGUAUACAAAGCCGCGUCAGAAGCAUUCGAGACGCCUGCGGGGUUAGGCGUCGAAAACGUGCGUGCAAAAUUUUAAAAGAUUAUAAAAAUAAGCUGUGCUUUGAGUUAUACGUUAAGAGAAAACUUGAACUCAAAAUGUCAAGGCGAAACUUCGUCGCUUCUCUCGUCUGCUUCACUUGUGUUCUUCUCUUCUUCUACCUCGAACAGCUGCGAGGAGCGAAAGCCGUCGAAUUCACCAAGACAUGGUCGACCGAUUUUAAAAACAAACCCGAAAUCAUCAAGUUCAACGACGAGUAUCUGGCCGUCGUCGUUCACAAAAACUUGAUCAACUUGACGUCGAUCGACGGCGUUCAAAAGUAUGCCUGCAAAUUCAGCAUCCCUCCCAACAGAACAGUCGGACUCUUAUCCCACCCGAUGGUUCUGGGCAACGGUAAACUCGUAGUCCAUGUGUGGGCAAUGGAUAGCAACUGGAUACCGGGUUCCAAGGAUUUAAUAGGAAUAUGGGACUUGUUUAUAAUCUUCGACCCGCACGACUGUUCGAGCACGAUGACGAUUGAAAAAGACACCGAUUCCAUGAGGUACGAAUUGCAACAAGUCAUCCCUUACCACGAUAAAUUCGACCUGUUUUAUCGGGAGCAUACAAAUAGACGAGUACCCAGUGGUAGAACGAGCCUUGGCCCCCGGCGGUUCAACGACAAGGGCAAACGAAUCGCGAUGAUAGGCUAUCUCUUAGGGCCGGAGCACGCGAUGGUCGACAUGAAAAUAGGGAGCCUCAAGCCAAACGACGCUUCCGAAGGAUACUUCUUGGCAAACCUUUCGGGCGAUCAAAAGACGAUGCUGCUCAGGUAUCUGGACUCCAAUUUUCGAGAACCUCGGGAGAUAAAGGUCUUGCCGAGACUGAGCGCUUUCAGUUUUGACGAGUCCGACGUCAAGGAUAGCCUCUGCUACAGCCAAUUCGAGAAGGUUCCGAACAAUCAAGACUCUGCGCAAAGAGAAAAGAGGUGGGUGCUAAAAUGCGAUUUCUUCGAUAGGAAGUAUCCGGAUCAGCAAACUACUGUCAAGUUAUCUGAUCAGCCGGAGAGUCACUUCGACAAAUCGCGAUUCUCCGUAAGCAUCUUGCCGGACGAUAGCCGAGUUGUUUUACUCGAAUUCAAAGUCUCUCAUUUGAACGAGAGUUACAACUACGAGUAUUAUCUGCAGCGCGUCUACAAUAAUGGAACGACUGCUGACGAGAGACUGCUCGUAGCUACGUACACCAACGACAGAGCGGGCCAGAUGAGGUUGGUGUCUUUGGGAGAAGCCGAGGUCUGCGUGAUUUUUAUGAACAACCUCGAGACGUCGUAUAAUGUAAUGCUAUCGAUAUUGGCAUCGCUGUCUGACGACGUAACUAAUGUGAAAGGAAAAUGUAUCAAAAUGUUCUCUUAGUCGUAUGUUUAAGCGUUCAGCACUUUUGCGAUGCUCACGUUUUACACCUUGAACUGAUUUUUCACUACAAUGUACUGUUUUUAUUUAAGUAAUUUUAACUGUUUUUAUAUGAGUAUUGUAUUUUUUAUACGUUUAGCUUGAAUUAGUGUAUACAAAAAUUUUUCAUACACAUAGUUGUACAACAAGAAUGACUAGUUUAGAAUGUAUUUUCAAAUGUGAGUAAAAAUAAGAAGACGUAAACAAAGUGAUUAUACAUUUGUUUUAAAAUGUGAAUAAAAAUGUUGUCUUCAGAAA